AUGGGACGAGAUUGGAUGCAAACUGGAAGGCGACCCGCAGGCAUUUGCGGGGCGUGUUUGCUAAUUGCGGCAAGAAUGAAUAAUUUUAGGAGAAGCGUCAAAGAGGUGAUUGCCGUAGUAAAAACUGCAGAUGUUACGAUCAAAAGAAGGAUUGAGGAAUUCAAAGAAACACCCACAGCAAAACUUUCAGUACAAGAUUUCAGGGUUGUAUGGCUUGAACAGCAAAGUGAUCCACCUGCAUUUACAAAAGCUCGCAAAGCAGAAAAAAAUAUGACUGGGAAACGAAAUCCGAUUACCAUAAUUUCUGAUUCUUCGUCAAAAGAGAAAGCAGGAGAUGAAAGCUACGGAACUCAAAUCAAUUCAUCUCUAAGAGAAGGAGUAAUUGAUAAUGAAAGGAAGAGAAGGAAUGAUGAUAUUGACGAGGAGGAUUCGGAUAGUGAUAAAAAUAGUAAUGAUGAGAAUUUGACCGAAAACAUAAAUCAAAACCAAAAUGGACGCAAUUUAGUUGAAGAGCAAAUAGAAAAAGAAUUGGAAGAAGAAAUGAAUUCUUAUCUUAACGAUCCAAAUUUAAAAAAGAUCAGUUCCGAAAUGGAAGAAGAGUCUGGCAAGAAAUGUUCAAAUAAGGAUCAUUCAGAGAAAGACAAACUAGAUGAUGAAGAGAUAGGUUCUGAUUUCGAUGACGAUGAAAUAAGCAACGUCAUUUUAUCCGAGGAAGAAGUAAAAAUAAAAACACAAGUGUGGAUGGACAUGAAUCGCGAAUAUUUAAAAGAAGUUGAAGAGAAAAGAAAGAAACAAGAAAUUGAUCGAGCAAAUGGGAUAGGUGUUCGCAGAGUAUGCAACCGAGCCAGGAAAGGAAGAUCUGAUGAACAUUCGGUGGCUAGCACUCCAGCAGAAGCUGCGAGAAGGCUGUUUGAGGAAAGAAACCUCUCAAAAAAGAUCAACUUUAAAGUCUUGGAUUCCCUAUUCGAUAAUAUACCUGAUAGCAUACCCAAUACCCCAACUUCUUGGCGGGAUUAUGACCCUACCAGUGUUAGUGGUUCUGGUAUUGCGCGUAGUGGCACCCCUGCUAGUUCAAGAUGGGAUGAUGAAGAACCCAUUCACGAAUGGGAUAACUUACCAGCUUCAAAGCUGAAAAGCACAAGCACAGAUAUAUUACAAGGUGGAACUUCGGAUUACGAAGAGUAUGAUGAUUACAAUGCUCAAGAGUCAUAUGAAUAUGAAAAUUAUGCAAGGGGAGAGGAUUACUAUGAUUUCAAUGAACCUGAAGGAAAAGAUUAUACUGUCCAACGAUUAUUAAUUGGUACCCACACAUCAGAUAACGACCAAAAUUAUGUCGAAAUUGCCAACAUUCAACUUCCAAAAAAUGAUGUUAACAUCGAUCCUCGAAAAUAUGAUGAAGAAAAAGGAGGUAUAAAAUUGGAUAAUCAGCUUCUUACAACGACAUAUGACUUAUUUAAUCAUUCUAAACAGAAGUGGGAGGAUUUGGUGGUACUUCCGAAAGUAGAAUUAAGGUUGUUCAGAGAAUCAAUCAUGAUGGAGAAGUUAAUCGGGCAAGAUAUAUGCCUCAAAAUCAGGAUGUGA